CAGAUAACACAACACAAAUAUUUUUCUCGGCACAACAGUUGACGUUUCGUUUUUACAGACCAAUAUUUAUUCAAAAACAUAAAGUUUCGAUCGUGACAGCAUGCUGGCGUUUGCCAUAUUUGCAGUGGUGUUUGUGCUUGUACUUCUGGCUGCGGUUGUCUAUCUGUAUCCGAGUUCCAAGAGCCCAUCCACCAUUCCAGGCCUAGACCCGGUCUCAAAGGAAGAUGGAAAUUUAGGGGAUAUUGCGAAAGCUGGAAGUCUCCAUGAAUUUCUGAUGAAGCUCCACAAAGAUUAUGGGCCCGUUGCGUCAUUCUGGUGGGGCCCAACUUACACCGUGAGCAUCUGUACAGAGGAUGUCUUCAAGCAACACACCAACGUCUUCGACAAACCCAAUGAGCUGUUCAUGAUGUUCGAGCCUGUGUUCAGUUUGAAGAGCAUCCAGUUUGCUAAUGGGGAGGAUGGACGGGCCAGAAGGAAACAUUAUGACACAGUGUUCACUCACGAGGCAAUGAAGAGAUACUUUCUUGACUUUCAGGAGGUUGCUGAUGGCUUGGUGAAGAAAUGGACAGGCCUGGUGAAGGAAGACCACAUCCCGGUCAGCGAGUACAUGUCUGUAUUUGCGCUGAAGGCUGUCUUGCUGGCACUGUAUGGUAAAGCCAUGAAAGAUGACAAGAAAGUGCUGGAGUUCAAACACAUCUAUGACAAUGUCUGGAGUGAACUGGAGCUGAGACUGACUGAGCCGCCUACAGCUGUGAGACAGAAGAAACUUCAGGAAGGCAGAGACCAGCUGAGGAUAGUCAUUGAUUCCAUUCUGAAGGAGCGCAAGAAGAGCCCUCCACAGCACGGUGAGGAACUACUCAUCGACCUUCUACUGGACAAGGAGGACCCUGACGUGACCUUCUAUGAUAGCCUUGUGUACGUCAUUGGCGGCUUUCACACCACUGGCAACUUGCUGUCCUGGUGCAUGUACUUCCUGGCUACCCAUGCUGAUGUGCAGGAGAAGGUGUAUGGUGAGAUCAAGACUGUGCUGGGCACCGAUGAUGUGGACCACACCACCAUCAACGACCUUGUGUACCUGCGACAAGUGCUGGAUGAGACGCUGCGUUGUGCUGUGAUCGCCCCAUGGGCUGCACGCUUCCAGGAUUUCGACUCGGAGAUCGGGGGACACAAAAUACCCAAAAAUACACCUGUUAUUCAUGCCAUUGGAGUUGCCAGCAAGAAUGAGGCAGUCUUUCCUGAUCCUGAUAAGUUUGAUCCAGAUCGUUUUGACCCCAAGAGCAAACAUCUUCAUCACCUAAGCUUUGUGCCAUUCGGGUUUGCGGGAAAGCGGAAGUGUCCGGGCUACAAGUUCUCCUACGUCGAGGCCACAGUGCUGCUUGUGUCCGUUCUGCGCAAGUUCCGAGUCAUGAUCGUGGACGGACAGGUCGUCGAGCCUGUGCAUGGAUUCGUCACGCACCCAAGCGACGAGAUUUGGAUCACGAUUUCGAAACGUUGAGACUGGUUUUCUGAUUUCUUGAUAUAAAAUCUCCAGACUGAUUGUAUUGUAUUUUUGCAAAAUAAGUUAAGAAUAACUUCCGUCAUUUUUUAAAAUAAUCUUGUGUUGCUUAAUUUAUUAGAGCUGAAUAUGACAGCAAGUUACAUAUCGUCGCUGUCGUUCUCAAACCUCGUAGCUCCAAAAUUUUCAAAACAUUUUUUUCGUCUUUUCCGAAUAUAUUAAGUCGGGCGAGUGUUUUGUGCUAUAUCUCGUAGCUUUACGCUACGCCAAUCAGAGCCCUUGAAAAAGCCACGUGACGAAAUGUUGUAGAAUGAUUGUUAGCUUUUUUCCCGGCGAAAAGUCGUAGCGACGCCAUUUCACCUAUAGGUACGUCGUUUCGUUUGGACAAAUUUGACAAAAACGUUUUUAUAAUUUUUAACCAGGUUUUCCGAAGGAAAAAACUGGUUAUUAGAUUGGCGAAUGCGGGCGGGCUGGCUGGCGGGCUGGCGGGCGCUCGGAACAAGCUUGUCCGGGCCAUAACUUUGUCGUUCAUUGUGAGAUUUUAAAAUCAUUUGGCACAUUUGUAAACCAUCAUUAGACGGUGUGUCGCGCGAAAAAAUGUCGUCAAUAUCUCCAAGGUCAAGGUCACACUUUGAGUUCAAAGGUAAAAAAUAGCCAUAAAUGAGCUUGUCUGGGCUAUAACUAUGUCAUUCAUUAUGAGAUUUUAAAAUCAUUUGGCACAUUUGUUCACCAUCAUGGGACGGUGUGUGGCACGAAAGAAUCACGUCAAUAUCUCCAAUGUCAAGGUCGCCACGACUAAAAAUAUAUUUAUUUUAAAACAAACUUACAAAGGGGGUUAAUUUUGUUUGUUCAUUUCAAAAGUUCAGUUUGAGUUGUCUCCCUUUAUCAGAUUUUUUUUCACAAUGAAAACCUGGUUUUGUGACAAUUUUGUCCCUUGUUUUUAUUUGCAACUACGAGUUUUCCUAUCAGGACGAAUUGUUGGUUUUUUCUCUCUCCUGAAAAGUUGGCAUUUUGUAGCUACGAGGUUUGAGAACGACAGCGACGAUAUACUAGAACUCAAAUAAAAUACCACAUUGUCAAAAGAAAUUGGGAACAUCAGUCCCCAGUACCACUUGGUGCUUAUCAAGCACAGUAGAAUAUUGGUGAACAUCAGUCCCCAGUACCACUUGGUGCUAAGCAAGCACAGCAGAAUAUUGGUGAACAUCAGUCCCCAGUACCACUUGGUGCUUAGCAAGCACAGUAGAAUAUUGGUGAACAUCAGUCACCAGUACCACUUGGUGCUAAGCAAGCACAGUAGAAUAUUGGUGAACAUCAGUCACCAGUACCACUUGGUGCUUAGCAAGCACAGAAGAAUAUUGGUGAACAUCAGUCCCCAGUACCACUUGGUGCUUAGCAAGCACAGUAGAAUAUUGGUGAACAUCAGUCACCAGUACCACUUGGUGCUUAGCAAGCACAGCAGAAUAUUGGUGAACAUCAGUCACCAGUACCACUUGGUGCUAAGCAAGCACAGUAGAAUAUUGGUGAACAUCAGUCACCAGUACCACUUGGUGCUAAGCAAGCACAGUAGAAUAUUGGUGAACAUCAGUCACCAGUACCACUUGGUGCUAAGCAAGCACAGUAGAAUAUUGGUGAACAUCAGUCACCAGUACCACUUGGUGCUUAGCAAGCACAGUAGAAUAUUGGUGAACAUCAGUCACCAGUACCACUUGGUGCUAAGCAAGCGCAGUAGAAUAUUGGUGAACAUCAGUCCCCAGUACCACUUGGUGCUUAGCAAGCACAGUAGAAUAUUGGAUCAUUUUGCACUGCCUAUGAAGCUUAUCCGUACUAGUUAGGUGUUGAUAGAACACAUACAUAACCAUGUAUAUGUAUAUUUAAUAUAUGUCAUGUCUUAAUAAGACAGGAUGUUCACAUCAAAUGUUGGGACAUUGAUUAUAUUUUGUUUUCUUAUAUGUUUCAAAGUAUUACUGCAGUGCUAAUCUAUCAAAAUUGUUACACUUUAUGUGGAAGUUUAAAUUGGUUAUUGUUUACAAUUUAGGCACUAGUUCUUUUAAAUAAUUAUAAAAGAAAAAUAUAACACUUGAUGUAUUUAUAAAUCUUCUGAAUUUGUUAAUUAGCAACUCACACAUGUUAAAUUAACCAUUUUUACAACAUGGGCUUUAAUCAAUAAAAAUGACUUACAUGGAAUGUGAGGUUAAAGUUUUAUACAUUAUUAUUUUAAUAAAGUGUUAAUAAGCCUAGUUACUUUAUAAUUCAUGAAAAAAACAUAAUUUUUAAUAGAAAAUGUUUAAGGUGUAACUAUAAUGACCUUUAUCAUUAUAAUUAUGUUAUAUUACGUGUAUUACAUUUGAUCAUCAAUCUUGGAAAACUGUGCUAAAUGCCUUUGCAUUAAGUGUCAUCCCAGAUUAGACUAAGCAGUUUACACACGCUAAUUAGGGACGGAAUAUUUGAAUUUUAAAAGGUUGUUUCUUCUAAACAAAAAAUCCAGUUCAGGCGGAAAUUGUCAACUCUGAUAAGCCUGUGUGAACUGCACUGGCUAAUUUGGGACAACACUUACCGUAACAUGCAUGCAUUCAGCAAGGUUUUCACAGAAUCAGACACAUAUUAUGUGUAGUAGUAAUAAAAACUCACUAGUCAAACAUGGCAUUUUGGUGUUACUGUUAAAGUAUUUGUUUUCUCAUUAUUUGUGAAUUAAUGCGAUUUAUUUAAUGGUUGCUUUUAAAUAUGUAUACAUGUAGUAAGUACGGUUUUGUUAUAUACUUGUUAUUUACAUUUUUUGAAUAUUGAUAAUGGUCUACACCAGUUUCAUCACCAGGUGUGUUGCUAAGAUCUCUUAAAAGCUCAUACGAUUUUUCAAGUAUUUACCUUAUCAGCUUAUAAAAAAAUUACAGUGGCGGUCUUUUUGUUAAAAUAAUAUUGAAAUAUAUUAUAAACAAAAGAUAAAAUAAUGAAUUUAAAAGAUGUAAUUAAGUGGCAUUAUAUUUGUAAAUAAACAAAGUGACACUUUGUUAAAAAAAUAAGUAUUGAAUAACUUGUAGUACUAGUAAACGGAGAAGAAUGUUUUCACUUAUUUCUUUGAAAUUUCCUGUAGAAAACAGGCAGCUGUUGCCAAAACAAAAAUUGCUUCAUACAUUUAUUUAAAAGGAGGAUAACUUUCUUAACAUAGCAGUUUUCACACUUACUCAAAAAAGUUACUAUGGCAUGUUAAUGUCUACAGUCCUCCAAAAAGAAAGUUCUGCCAAACUAAUUAUUUUACGUUUGAAAACAUUUGAAUGAACUUGUCAGUUUGUCAAGAUACUUGGUCUUUCUAAUCUACUUGGAUGAUAUAUAAGACUUCCAGAAGAGCAUCCCCUAUGUAACAGUGUGGUACUUUGUUUAUUACUAAUCUUUCUUGGUUGAAUAUACAAAACUAUGUUAAAAAUAAUGUGCAUACAGUGAAGAGGUUUGUUUGGUGUGUAUAUAUUACACUUAUACUUAUCAUGGCCUUUGUUCUUAGUGCUGAUGGCAUUUAUCUUAGUGCGGAUGGCCAUUGCAGGAUUCACCUGGGGAUUAAAAAAAAAUUAAAUUGAGUUUUAAAACGAAACGUGAUUUGUUAAGUUGCUAGUUUCAGGGCCGACUUACAUUUAGUAACUCAAUUACAAGAGCUUAUUCAUUGUUAAUCCAUUUAAGAAGAUGUACUGGACUAUGCAUAUAUUCAAAUAGUUCAUCAUUUUCAAAAGAGCAUGAAAUUUAAAACGUAAACGUGUUAAGAGAGGUCGUGAGUGUGUUGACAAAGUAAAUUUUACAGUGACAUAAGAAUCAUGUUUAGCUAUAGGUGGUCUUAACAGUGCUGCAUUUAGAAAGGACUGUACAAUAUUAAUGUUAUGUGAAUACAUUUAUCAUUUAUGUGAGAAAAACAAGGCCUUAUGCAUGUGCAUUAAGUGUCAUCCCAUAUAAGCCUGUGCAUAUCACACAGGCUAAUCAGGUAGGAAAACUUUUAACUAGGCUUGAAUGUCGUUUUGUUUACUUCCUUUGAACAAAAAAACUCCAUUAAAGUGGAAAGAAUCAUCCUUAUUAGCCUGUGCAAACAUCACUUAUCUGGGAUGGCACUUUAUUAGCCUGUACAAACAUCACUUAUCUAGGAUGGCACUUUAUUAGCCUGUACAAACAUCACUUAUCUGGGAUGGCACUUUAUUAGCCUGUACAAACAUCACUUAUCUGGGAUGGCACUUUAUUAGCCUGUACAAACAUCACUUAUCUGGGAUGGCACUUUAUUAUCCUGUACAAACAUCACUUAUCUGGGAUGGCACUUUAUUAGCCUGUGCAAACAUUACUUAUCUGGGAUGGCACUUUAUUAGCCUGUACAAACAUCACUUAUCUGGGAUGGCACUUUAUUAGCCUGUGCAAACAUCACUUAUCUAGGAUGGCACUUUAUUAGCCUGUACAAACAUCACUCAUCUGGGAUGGCACUUUAUUAGCCUGUACAAACAUCACUUAUCUGGGAUGGCACUUUAUUAGCCUGAACAAACAUCACUUAUCUGGGAUGGCACUUUAUUAGCCCCUGAAAACAUCACUUAUCUGGGAUGGCACUUUAUUAGCCUGUGCAAACAUCACUUAUCUAGGAUGGCACUUUAUUAGCCUGUACAAACAUCACUCAUCUGGGAUGGCACUUUAUUAGCCUGUACAAACAUCACUUAUCUGGGAUGGCAUUUGAUUAGCCUGUGCAAACAUCACUUAUCUGGAAUGGCACUUUAUGCACAUUUUUCUAGAAAGAGAGGCUCAUAUUUAAUAUUUGUCAUGGCUUUCAGUAGAUUGUUUUGGUGCAUGGAUUUACUUUGAUUAGAAUUAUAUAUAAUAAACUCUAUGAUUUAA